AUGUCUUCAACAAAUUCAACAAAGUUUUUGGAUUUAUUCAAUGAUGUUGAUGAAUAUAAACAAGCAAUAUGUACGAAAGUUGUGGAUGUUAUUCGAACAUCAAAUCGAUUAGGCAUGGAAAAUUUUGAUCGAAUAAUGACCAUAGAAUUUUGUCAUGAUAGAAUCAAUCAAUUAAGUGCACGGAUUUUACAUAGAAUCUAUCAAAUGAAAUCUCAUAUUCAAUCAUCUGAUUGGGAUCAACUAGAUUCCGACGAAAAACUUGAACAACUGGUUGAUAUCAAUGAUACAUUAUUUGAAAGAAUUGCAUCUGCACUUGAUGACGCUGAUGGACUAAAGCAAUCUUCUGUAUCAACAGUUGUGCGACAAGUUGUCAUCAAACCACAAUUGAAAUUUAAACAUAAAAUUGAUAAUAGUACACAAAUACCAUUUAUUCCAAAAAUUCGUAAUAAACCCCAUGCGCAAAUACCAUUACCAAUGUUCAUGACACAAAUGAAUUUCGAACCUAUUGGCCUUGAUUUACUAGAAAAAUAUCCAGAAAUAUUAGAUCAUCCGUAUGCCAAUGAAAUAACAUCAUUUGAACCCGAUGAAACCGUAUUGAAGUUAGGCGAUCUCCACUUUCCAAAAGCUAUCGAACAAACAAAAUGUCUAUUUGUUGAUACGACCGACACAUUAAAAACAAUGAUGGAUCAUAUUGAAAUGCAAUCAGAAUUAGCAAUCGAUUUAGAACACCAUUCCUAUCGGUCCUAUCAAGGUUUUACAUGUUUGAUGCAAAUAUCAUCUCGUACAGAAGACUUUUUAAUUGAUACACUUGCACUUCGCGAUGAAUUAUCUAUUCUAAAUAAUAUUUUUACUAAUCCAAAAGUUCUUAAAGUAUUUCAUGGUGCAGAUUGGGAUGUAGAAUGGUUACAAAAAGAUUUCGGUAUUUACAUUGUCAACAUGUUUGAUACACAUCAAGCAGGCAAAGAACUUAAUCUACCAACAUUAUCACUUGCUUAUCUUUUGAAAACGUAUUGUAAUAUUGAUGCUAGUAAACAAUAUCAAUUGGCUGAUUGGAGAUUAAGACCUUUACCAAAAGAAUAUUGCCGUUAUGCACAAGAGGAUACACACUAUCUAUUAUAUAUUUAUGAUCGUUUACGAAAUCAGUUAAUUGAAUCGAACAAGAAUAAUACUGAAUUUCUUCGAUCAGUUUAUUCAAAAUCAAAAAUUAUUUGUCUAAGAUCCUACAAAAAGCCAAUCUUCGAUGAAAAUGCAUAUAAAACUUUGUACUUAAAAACUCGUAAAACAAAUUUCAAUGGUAGUCAACUAGCUGCACUUAAAUUACUUUAUGCUUGGCGAGAUAAAAUAGCUCGAGAAGAAGACGAAUCAACAAGCUAUGUGUUGCCAGAUUUAUUGCUGAUUCAUUUGGCUGAAUUAUUACUGAAAGAUCCACAAGGUAUUCGAGCAUGCUGUAAACUAGUUCCAGAAUUAGUUGAAAAAAAUCUCGAAGAAAUUCAUCGAUUAUUAAUACAAGCUAUUGAAAAGCCACUAGUGGACUUAAAUGAUGUAAAAUCAAAUUUUGAUGAAUGCUUACAGAAUACACGGUCAAUCUAA